AGAGCAGAGUCCGAGAGAGAGAUAGAGAGACAAGAGAUUUGAGAUGUCAGAGAUAAGUUUAUGGAACGAAUCACUUGUUGCUGGGUCUUUGACUCCAUCCAACCAAAAAUCUUACGAAGUGACCAAAAGGAUUCAUGAAGGGAAGAAACCUUUGUGUUCUGUUGUUUUUAACUUUAUUGAUCCUCGUUUCUACAAUUUCUUUGUCACCGCUGGUGGAAAUGGGAUUAAUAUGUACAACUGUCUUGAAGAUGGAGGCAUAUCUUCAUUGCACUCUUACACUGAUGAAGAUAAGGAGGAGUCAUUUUACACUGCAAGCUGGACGUGUAUCCUCCUUGAAAGGAACCCAUUUGUUGCGGCUGGAGGAUUGAAAGGCAGAAUCCGAGUCCUUAACCUCCAAAAUAAUAUUAUUAAGACCCUAGUGGGCCACCAGGGUUCAGUGAAUGAAAUUAAGACACAUCCUAUGAUACCUCAACUUGUGCUUUCUGCUAGCAAUGAUGGAACUGUUCGAUUGUGGAAUGUUGAAACUGGGAUAUGUGUUCUGGUAUUUGCUGGUAGUGGAGGUCAUGAAUCCGCAGUUCUAAGUGUGGACUUUCAUCCUUAUGAUAUGCACCGUUUUGUUAGUUGUUGUAUGAAAACCACUACUAAGGUAUGGUCAAUGAAAGAGUUUGGGAAACAUGUCGACGAGUCAUUCACAUGGAAGGAUGAUCCAAAAACAUUCCAAACACAAGUUGUACAAUUCCCUGUAUUUACAGCUUCAGAUCGUAUGACUAUAGUAGAGUGUAACUGCUGGGUUGGUGAUUAUAUUCUUUCAAAGAGUAUGACGGAUAAGAUCCUGUUGUGGCAACCACAACUUAAAGAGAAUUCUCCUGGAGAGGUUACUUUAGAUGUUCUAUGUCGAUACCCUAUUCCAAAGUCUUAUCUCGGGCAUAUUAAGUUUUCCUGCGACCUCCCUAUGAAUUAUGUUUCAAUAGGGAAUCAGAAAGGCAAGAUUUAUGUCUGGGAUUUAAAGACUCGCCCUCCUGUUUUGAUUACAGUGUUAUCACACUAUCAAUCAAAGUCUGUGAUCAAGCAAACCGCUAUGUCUACUGAUGGAAACACAAUUCUUGCUGCCUCCGAGGACGGGACAUUAUGGCGUUGGGACGUGAAGAGGGUCUAGAAGAAGAUGUGCUGGCUAACUUUCUAGAAGUACAUAAGGAAUAAGGAAUAAUGAUAAGAGACAGGUCAGAGGAUCUGGGAUAACUGUCAGCUGGUGCUGCGAGUAUUUAAUUAGUCUGCUACCUUCUAGAAGUACAUAAGGAAUAAGGAAUAAUGAUCAGAGACAGGUCAGAGGAUCUUGGAUAACUGUCAGCUGGUGCUGUGAGUAUUUAAUUAGUCUAUAAGUAAAGAGUCUAAGGGGAGAGAUAUCAAUGAUUUGAUCAAGUGGUUGUAAAGAGACAAGAGUCUCUCGUGUGGAACGCUCUCUUUGUAAUCCUUGUUUUUGAAUCAAUAAUAGAAACAUUAUCUUCU